AUGCUAGCUUAUUUAAGAAGAACAUCAGAUAUCUUGGCCGUUUCCUUACGCGAUCAACAUCGACCGAUCCGGAUGGCACUUCCUACAGCCCGCUCUUCGUCGUUACCGCGGGCCCGGUGGUGCACCGCCUGCAAGCCUUCUAGGACUUGGGCAAGGUGGUUCGGCAUCUGCCCUCACAUCUGCCUCACCUUACUUCCUCAUCCGGUGACCUGCCGUACGCCGAUAUAUGUCCACAACUGCGUCUUCCGAGUCAGCGGAAGGAAGCGACGCACCGCAACUUUGCGGGAUAGCUGUCCAGGGACUGCGAGGGGUUGCGCGGCGUCAGGGCAUGCUAAUGACAUGCCCAGCCCAUCGGAAAGCCUGUAUGCAGGUCUCCAGUUAUCUGCAUACAGCUCUAUUGCGUCUUCGUUGAUCCGAUCUAUCCAUCUGGCUUUUGGCAUUCCACGUUGUCUUUUGACUGCUUUUGAGGCAUUCGUUGCUGUAUCGAGGCUUCCUGAUGGAUUACUCCAAGCUACAUUCCAUACUCAUCUUAACCAUCUUUCAAACAUGAAGUAUUCUUCAGGGUCGCCGCUGGAUCGUUAUUCCACUGUUGUAUCCCCAUCAAAUGUUGACUCAAAAAGAGCCUCAGCUUGCUACCUCCUGAUGACUGGAGAGAAUGGACCUCCAGCCGCUUCGGCGAUUCAGAUCCUCCGACUAAACUUGUAUAUCGUGGGAGCCUUCGCAACCCUACAUAUCCAGCGGCAGAUGUCAUCUACGCCAAUCUCUUUGUUUCUCCAUCUUGCAGCAUUGUCCAGGAAGGAGCAAGUGCUUUCCGUUAGCUCGCCAGCUGCUUGGACGUCCUCCCCGACGACGGAAGAAGCGGGAGCAACCCCUCGCCUCCGUGUUCCCACGGUCCCACCUGCAGGCUCCCUUGAGUCUUAUUAUUAUUAG